AUGGAAAAGACGUCGUCAGAUUUCGGCUUUUCUCUUUAUAAUGUGCAGGCUCAAAAGGUAUUUCAGGAGAAAAAGGUAACUAUACUACCCGAAGAGCCACCGAUAGAGUUUCAAAACGAUAUACUGUCUGUUUAUACUCAAACUGAUGGCACUAUUUCCCUUGAUACGGUCACAGAUAUUGGAACAGCCCAGAUAGAAAAGAUAAAGCAGGAGCAAAAGCCAAGUGUACGUCCUCCGCUGCAGCUAAUGCAAGCUACAAGGGCAAGAACAAAUUGUUCCGCACCUCAAAAAGCUAUUUUUGUAUCAGAUGCUAUUUUCUGUGAGAGAACAAAUCUUGAAGGGCCAUACACUGCAGAGCACCGCAAAGGAGAUGUCGAGAUGACAUUUAUCAAUGAAAGAACAAAUCUGGAAGGGCCAUACACAGCUGAGCACCGCAAAGGAGAUGUCGAAAUGACUUUUAUCAAUGAACUCAUUACCAGCGUUUUGGCCAUUGUAAACGAGUCCGGAAAUACCGAUUUGGAAUUGAAGAUAACACUCGAAAGGGAGGACAACGGAUUGCCAAAAGCUAUAUUUGAGCUCGUACCUAAAGCUCGCCUCAGCAAUCCAGUAGAGCGACUCAAUCGAGCAUAUGUGCAGUACGCAAAGUUCCAUGAACAAAUGGGUGUGGCGAGCGACUGCGAAACUGCUAUCUCUCAACAAAGAACGCCAAAAUCGACAACCCCAGCUCCAGACCAGCAAGGAUCAAGAUUUUCCCUUUUAUCCGUCUUUAACUCUGUAUUCUCUGGUCUUGUAAGUAUUCAUUAA